AGAAUGGUUUUUGCCUUUAGUGUGUAGUUACCUAUGACACCUUCAACUAGUUGGAUGUUUGGGAAAAAUGGCAGUUAAUCUAGUUUCUCAAAUUAUUGGGCUUCUCUUUGUGUUCGUAUUUCAAUUUAGUUGUAUUGAGUACUUUGAUCCGUGCACUCAUCACAAUGGGAUACCAGAAAAGGAAGUAGAAGCAUUGUUUAAAGAUUGGCCAAACAAUCUGAACUUGGCCAGCGUUAAUAGGACCCACAAGUGUUAUGUGACCUGUAUUUUAUUAUAUUAUCAACUGGUUGGUACCUCUGGCGAGAUUAUGCUAGACAAAUACUUCGACUCUGGGGUAAUUGAUGAGUAUGCGUUUGCACCCAUAAUGGGACGAUGCCUUUAUGAAUAUAGAGAAGAAACUGAUUUUUGUGAGCAUACUUUCGGCUUGUUCAACUGUUUCAGGCAGGAGAGGUUAUUGAGCUCAGACUAUAUAAACAAACAGUAA